GGGAAGGAAGGAGGUGUCUCGACGCAGAGACAAAAAACCGAAUCGACGAUUAACAAUUUCCUGAAGGGAGGUGCUGCGUAUCACUCCCAACAUCUCCAGUGCUCACCGGAGGACAGGACAAUCUGGAGCGGCACGCACACAAUGGACUAAAACACCCAGAGAGAGAGAUCAACACUAUCAGCUGUGAAACCCUCCGCUACAAACAAGUCACUUCAUUUGAGGCUCUUUUUUGUUUCACUCUCUGAAAGUUCAGGUCUCCAGGUAUGAUUCAGAGGAAAGAGGUCGUGUUCUCUGUCCUGGGGGACCUCCAGGAGGCCACAGAGAGCUCGGGCCUGGACGCUCUGACAAGAGUGGCCCUGGAGGUGGACCAGGUCCUCGCACCUUUCCAGCUCCCCGAGACCCCCUGUCAGGAUUUCCCUGAGUGGGCAGGCGUGGAUUACACGUCUCAUGGCCUGUACCCACCCGAUGCACCCAUGGGCUUCCUGCCUCUAAACUGCAAGGGAGAGGGCAACCUGCUGUUUGAUGCAGUCAGUAAUCUGCUAGUGGGCAACACUGGACUAAGCUUGGAGCUACAGGUACGGACAGUAAUGGAAAUGGUGCUGUGGAAAAGAUACUACCUGUCUGGGAUGAUCGACUCAAAAGUGAUGCUUCAGGCUGUUCGCUUCAGCCUCUGCGCUGAAGAGUCUGAGGACAUGCUCAACCUGCCUGUAACCGUCUUGGAGGCCAUCUUUGAUGCAGAUGUCAAAGCGUCCUGCUUCCCCGGCUCCUACGCCAACAUGUGGCAUGUGUAUGCAUUGUCAUCAGUCCUACAGUUUAACAUCUACUCCAUCUACCCCAUGUUCAACCUCAAGAUCAGACCCUAUUUCAACCGCCUUAUUCGGCCAAGGACCUGGCCUAAAGACUACGAGCCAUUAACCCUCCACAUCAUGUGGUCUGGCAAGAUGCAGUCUGAGUCAGGUUUCAAGCCGAACCACUUUGUGGCACUAGUCCAGACAAGUGACCUCACGUUUGGAAGCCCUGACAUUGAGCAGAGGGCGUCGCCGACCAAGAUCGAGGAGCUGCUGAACCAGGACUUGCAGCUUUCUUACCCAGGUCUGAAGGACAAGUACAACAUCACCAAGAGGACCUUCUACCGCUGGAAGAGGCAGACUCAGGAGCACUGCAAAAAGUCAGCAGCCAGGUACGAGGCAAAGUAUUUCCUGCAGGCCUGCUACUUGGAAGGCAGGCUCAUCCCUCUGCACCAGUUUAAAGAGUUUUUCCCUGAGAUCUCAAGGUCGUCGUACUACAACUGGAAGCACGAGCUCCUGAAAUCCGGAGGACACUUCUCCACCUCAUCGUCGACCGGAGAGAUUAGUCCCGGAGAGAGCACUGAACAGGAGGCCUGGUCAUCGCCUGAAGCGAAGCAGGAUGAGCCGGACCAGCAUGACAGUGUGGCCAAUAUGUUUGGCCUAGGCCUCAGCAAGCUGGAUCUGGAGCGGGCCCAAAAUGUAGCGCACAUGCAGGAAGCUAAGCGCUGUCUGCAAAAUUGCAUUGCCAUGAAUGCCUCCCUCCCCUUCAGGAUCUUCAAAAGUAACUUCCCAGGGAUCUCCAGAUCAACCUACUACAACUGGAGGAGAGAAGCCUUGCUGUUCAACAGAGGUUACAAAGGUGGCACUGGCAGCAGUGAGGAAAGCUCAGAUGCUGACAAGAGCCAAAGUCCAAAAGGUCUGUCACCAGUCCUGCCAAACACCAACCAGCCUUUCGUGCCCAGAAUAAGAAUCUGCAGGAGAAAACACAGAAGUUUCAGGCUGGCGUACAUGAGUAAAAAACUGCUCCGAGAUGCUGCAAAGCUGCAUGUCCAGAAGUCCAAAUGGUCCCUGACAAGAUUCAAGCUCAAGUUCCCAUCCAUGUCCUCUUGUUUUUACUGGCUGUGGCUUAGCAGUCAGAACCUCAAGAAGAAGAUCGCCACGCAGAGCACGGAGAUCAACCAUGCCGUAAUUCUGGAGAACACUGCUACAGAAAACAAGAUUAUGGAGAUGAGGACGGAUAGUCAGCAUGUGCUCCCGUUUGUUGAGAGUCCUAAAUAUCUAGGAAGAACCCCCAUGCCCUCCUUUGAUUCCCCACAUCCGAAGCACAACCUUCACGGCAAGGCACCCAUAGAUGAGAAGAUGUUUACGAUGGACCUUGUGGCUCUGGCCAACUUCAAGGCCAAGGCCAAGCUAUUCCUGCAGCAACGCUUUGAGGAGAAAUCCUUCCCCACGUUUAGAGAAUUCAUGUCUUACUUCCCAUUCACCCCACGCUCGACCUUCUACAUGUGGAAGCGAGCUUUGCAUCAUGGGGUGUCGCUGGUUCAAGGGUAGGCUUUUAUCACAUAGAAAUGGGCUCACAGGAGCAACAUGAAAGCUCUGUUGAAGAACUUCUCUGUCCCAAAACCCUCACAUGCAUCGCUCUGUCUGUGCAUUUCUCUGUAAACAUACUACCUUCACAUUGUUGUUCAUCUUUUCAUGUUCUAAAAGACUGUUGAGUACACUGGUUUAGCAUUUAAAUGCAUUGUGUCCUUCCUCUGCCCCACCACCACAGGUCAUUCCUCCCUCCUGGACAUUUGCACAUGUGUGAAAAGAAACUGAGACGUGGGUCAGUUUAAACCCUGCAUGUUGCCCUCCAGGCAAAAAGCAGUUCAAAGCUGUUGUUUAGUGGUAUUUUGUUUGAAGCCGUUUGUCUUUGAAUCCUUGCUAAACAUUGUACUCGGGGUCUUUUUUUUUCUUCCAGUUUUCAGUGUAGUAAGAUUGUUAAUGCUUAAAUGUACGAUUUUUGUUGUUGUUGAUGCUUGUGAUAUUGAUCUUGAAGAUUCCUGGUGGUUUGAUGUGUUUCUUUUCCUUUUCUUUGAAUGUUAAAAGCAACCAGUAUUUGUUCAAACAUCUGUAAACAGGGUUUCUUUUUUUUUUUUUUUCAUAUUUUUCCUUUUGAUUAUUGAAUGUACACACACUUUGUGCACUAAAGUUUAAGGUGGCUGUCUCAAGGUUUUACCAAAUAACCUACUUUUAAAAAGCCUCUUUUACUUCUGUGAGUUUUGUCACACAUACACUGUAUUUGCACUGAAAUAUUUCCCAUCACACCCCUUUGGUUAAGUCAUCAUUUUCCAACAAUUGUAUUUUUGAAAAACUUGAAAACUGAAUAUAAAUAUAGAUAUUUUAUUUUCUGUACGAUCCUUCAUUCCAGAACUACCUAUUUCCUUUUAUAAGCUACGUUUGUCUGCUGUUUUUCAGUAAAUGAAGUUCCUCUUCUCUCAUCACAGACAAACGCUUGUAACAAAGCUAAAUAAUAGAUUCCAGGUCACGUUUGUACUUUGUAUUUUUUUUUCAUUAAAUGUUUUAAAUUGGUACUUUUGAUACCUGCAUCCUGCAUUAUAGUCAUUCAGUAGUUAAGAAAAUAUGUCCUGAUGUAUAUCAAUAAACCAUCGGCCAGCAUCAACCCUUUGCUUCAAUCUGGCUUGAAACGUUCUCAUAUCACGGGGUAUUUAAUGCUGCUUCCUCAUUGCAGCUCAUUAAUAAAGGCCAUGCCUGACACAUUGUUUUAUGCUUCCACAAUAUCUAAAACAGUAAAAUAUUUUCAUUUUCCCGAAUCAAUUGGCCUUCCUUCCAAGUCAGUGGGCCCUUCUAAUCGCAUGCCUCGUCGGCUGCAUCUUGAUUUGAUUCUCUGGUGGGAUAAAUUAGACAGUGUAAUUCAUCGCAUUAGUAGUGGCAGAGGUCUGCAGUGCAUUAUGACCAUAGGUUAUGACCCAAAACAUAUGCCUGGCCAUGCCAAGUUAAUUCAUGUGUACGUGUGUGCUGUACAAAAGAUGAAGCGGGGGAAAAACAUACCUGUGUAACCACAUUCAAAUCUCCAAACAAGGAGGUCAAACCAAG